AUGGCGCAAAUUGAACCAGUUGUGGAAUAUGGAUUCAUCCAGCGGUGCUUAGAUUUGCUUCACAGUCAGGAUUCUACGGCAUUUCUCGACUUAUCUCUGAACGUCUGCCCAGCUCGAUCUCUCUAUCUGGGACUCUGGUCGAGAGAUGUGCGACGGGAGAGACCACAGACCUUUCCCACUUCUUGCACGGAGAGUAUGCCGAUUACACUUCAGGACUGUGGCCGGGUUAAUUUCAGGUCUUCGUGUCGAUGGAGCGCCUGCACGGGCGCUACACAGCAUCCGCGGAUAGAGAUUUGUCAGGAGCUGUUGAGUUGGACGAAUGCCGGCGGUUUACGUUUUGGGGCCAACGUUAGGACGACCGAUAUAGAGUUCUAUAGAGAUGAGCUAGAUCAGCAGCGAGAGACACAGAUUACAUGGCGGCCGUACACAGAUGCUGUAUUAGAGGUGCUACCAGCAUUCUGUGUACAGGGCAGUGAGGUAUGGCGAUCGCGGACCACGCUGAUUUGUUUUCAUAUCGUCGAGCUUCACGUGCCCGAUCGAGUCCUUCGGCAGUUUGGUCUCCUGCAGCAUAUACCUAUUCAUGUGGAGACCAUCCGUCGCUUCACAUCUCAGGGGCGGCCAGAUGAGCAUUGGGGCCACUUUCAUGCUGCACACAUCGAGAGAUGGGAACAGCGAUUACAGGCUAUUAUUGACCAGGAUCCGAUUGUCAGUGAUGACCCGGUACAGGCGACCUCUAUAUAUAUGGAGUGGUAUUGGCAGAUUACGAGAAGAUGGAUUUCUCGUCCAGUACAGCGUCUACCAUUGACAUACACCCUCGCGGCCAGACCGAGAGAGCACUGGUGGACGCAUUACAACAAGCUCAAAUGGGCAUCAGCGGGCUAGUUCAUGAUCGACCUUCUUACGAUGCGAUGAUAGAGACAUUAACGAGCAUGGAUGUCCAGAUUGAGUCAGUACUGGAGUACAUUCCUUCCAUACCUGUCGCCGCUGAUGUUGGAGGUCGAGAUUUUGGUCAACCCUCGACAUCGGGUCAUCACAGGAGACACUCACCGACAUCGACUGGAUCAUACUCGAGAUCGAGCCUACGAGUAUCACCAUCUCCAUCUCCUAGUGAUGUUGCAGAUUUGCCCGCCGCCCCUAGAUUUACUUUAUUGCCGCUGGACUUGGACUCACUUCCGCCGCCAGUCUCUCGAGAGCACUUUAGAUCAGUCUACUCUCGACGUCAUGUCGCGUCAUCAUCACAGGCCCGCCUAGCAUCUACACCGGCCAUUAUCGAGGGUGAUCGACCUGAGCCAGAGGAUACUCAGGCGAUUCCGGAGCAUAUCGAGGGCAUUAUCAUUGCGGAUCUCGAUGAGAUGGCCGGUAUCGAGGCUCUUGAUGAUGUACCUAUUGCUGAGCUCGAUGUAUAGGGUGGCCGUAGACGUGGACGUGGACGUGGCCGUGGCCGUGGCCGAGGAUGUGGCCGAGGACGUCGAGGGAGAGGAAGAUCGAGAG